UGCACAUGAAUGCCGGUAAAGCAAGUAAUCAAAUUAUCCGUUUGCCAUAUUGACACCUGAGAAGCAACACUAAAAUUUACUUUUUAUAUAAUGGAAAACGCAGAAUUAGUUCCCGACGUUCUUGAUCGGGAGCCAACAUCUUUACUUCGGGUAGAGUUUGGACCUAAAAAGGUACAAUUGGGCAAUAAGUUAACGAUUCAAGAAGUCAGCGAAGCCCCCACUCUCGUCGAUUGGGAUGCGGAAAAAGGAAAAUUCUACUCGCUUUGCUUUACAGAUCCAGAUGCUCCCAGCAGAUCCACACCCACCGUACGCGAAUGGGUUCACUGGCUGGUGGUCAACAUUCCCGGAGAUAGCAAGGACAUUUCGAAGGGAGACACGCUAAUUGAAUUUGUGCCUUCGUGUCCAGGCGAAAAUUCUGGAAUUCAUCGCUAUACAUUUGUCCUUCACCAGCAACCCUCCCAUCUCGACUUUAGCGCGGUGCAAAGGUUUGAUAAGUCUGUGGAGCAUCGUGCCCUUCGGAGGCAUUUUUCCAUCCGUACCUUUGCACAAAGGUUUUCGUUUGGGGAAGCUCUAGCUGGCAAUUUUUACACCACCGAGUGGGACGACUAUGUCUCAGUUAUUAGGAAACAGUUGGGCCUGGAAUAGUAGUACUUACCUGUACUUUUGGUAUAAUGAGAAUGUAAUGCAUAAAUCAUUCUAUAUAAUACUAUAAGUUUACUAGCUACAAAGGACAGCUUGUGUCAUUGAAGAAGCCAUAAUAAAAAUCGGAUGACUCACAAAAUUUUACCUCAUAAA